GGAGCAGGGACAUCUGGGGGCCAGGACUCCUGGGUUCUCUCCUGGCUCUGGGAGGGGAGUAGUGUCUAGUGGUUAGAGCGGGGGGUGGUGUCUGAGAGCCAGGACUCCUGGGUUCUAUGGCUCUGCUGUGUCAUUUCCCCUCUGGUGCUGCACAGUCAUAGCUCCCAGCUAUACACAGAGGCUGCCUUCGUGUGGUCACAGACUCACCAGGGGGCUUCUCAGAAACCCUCCUGCCAGGGUCGCUAUGAUCGGGGCCCAUGGCAGGUCUGCACAGCCCCACCCUGCUCACAGCUGGGCCACCCUGAGAAAGAUCAAAGGACCACAUUCCUACCCACCAGCCAGAUCAGUCGCUGUCAUACACAGCCCCCAGCACAGAGACAUGGGCAGGGAGCUGAGCGAGGAUGGGGCCAGGUUUCCUGCUGGGUCUAUAAAUCACCUAGGGCUGAGGCAGAUGCACAGUCCCCUUCCCUGGAUGGCUCUGAUAAUGCAGCUUCUGCUCCUGCUCCCCACGGCUUUUUUCCUGCCCCCUGGGGCUCUGGCCGGGUGGAUCACUGGGGGAAAGGAAGCCCGGGCUCACUCCAAACCCUACAUGGCUUUCCUCAACAUCAGCGUGAAGGAUGGGCACAAAAGGUGUGGAGGAUUCCUGAUCCAAAAGGACUUUGUGCUGACGGCUGCCCACUGUGACCAAGGAAAAAUCGUGGUGUAUCUGGGAGCUCACAAUGUGACCAAGCGGGAGCGGAGCCAGCAACGCCUGGCCGUCCGACGGAAAAUCCCCCACCCGAAAUACAAGACAUGGGAGAACGACCUCAUGUUACUCAAGCUGAAGGGCAAAGCGAAGCUGACAAAGGCCGUGCAGCUCGUCCCCCUGCCCAAGGCCGGCGAAGAGGUGAUGCCAAGAGACAUCUGCAAUGUAGCGGGCUGGGGGAAUACCCGGGCCAGGGGGUUUUCCCUGCCAAGCACGCUGCAGGAGGUCAACUUGAAGGUGCUGGAGGCGGACAGGUGCACACGUUACCCACAGUUCGUCCCCACCUCCAUGCUCUGCGUGGGCGACCCCAGGGAAGUCGAGAAAUCAUCCUUUCAGGUUAACAGCAGCUGCCCACGAGUCUCCUGGAACCGCUCCCCUGUGACACCCAGCCCCUGCUGCUGGCUACUCACAGAAAUCCCACCUCCUCAGCCCUCAAGGGAGCAGCGUGCCCCUGUUUUCCGUUAACCCUCUG